CAUCAAUGGGCGCUUGUCUCGCGGCCUCGCCACUUUCUGCUGGCGUCCAUCCCCUGUCAUCCCCGUCUGCUGCAUUCUCGUGGCCGCCGCACCCUGCCCACUUGUCUACCAGAAGAAGGGUGGCGCGCCGGUCGAGGCUUUCAGCAGUGACGGUGGCAGAUCUUCUCAACGACGUGCUCAGCCACAGGGAGAGGGAGCGGCUAGGUGCGGGUGCUGAUGAAGGGCAACAAGACGUGGACAGAGAGCCGGGCCGUUUGCCUGCCUUGCCCGAAAGCUAUGAGUUCGGCGAGGUGGUUGACCGAGAGGCUUUGCUGCGGAGGAAUGUUGAUGACGGCAUUGUGGCGGUGGUUAGCCAUCGUGAGGCUGAGAGCAUUGUGGAUAGCUAUCACUCGUUGGAUGGGCCUUCAGAGGUGUCCGUCACCGUGGAUCUGGGUCUGCGGGAGAUGAGGCUGCUGCUGAGCGAGGAAGGCGUCGCGCUGCUGGACCACCCUGAUCGCAUCCUUGCGUCCUGGGAGGUACCCAGCAGCAGUUGGAAGGAAAAGCUUCCUACCUGUGCGUAUGUGUGUGCAUCCGCCCAUCCAUUCGUUCAGGAGCUGGGUGACAUUGUGGAUAGGGGCCGGAAGGGGAGGGGCGGGUGCUACGAGCUUGUCGGCGACGGGGAGCACAAACCUCAGAGAGUGGCGAGCAUCAGCGAGUCGACCGGGCGGCAGGCGGCGCUGAUCCCGCCGCUCACCGACAAUGGUACUUACUACCCAACUAACGAACACCGCACAGGAGACCCAAUGCAUCACUCCUUAUUCCUCGUUCACUGGCUGCAGGUGCUCCGACGAUGCUCCUUGCCGGCUUUGCCAUGCACCGAGUCGUCAGCGAUUCAUCGGCAUCGCCAGCAUCAAAGCGCCGGUCAUCGCCUGCAGAUGACCCCCUCGCCACAGCACGCGACCGCAAGCGGCGAAAAGACCGAGAGGACAGGCAGAAGCGACGGACGAGAGGCAGGACUCGCCCGAGUGACGAUGGGUCGAUGGAGCCGUGGAAGGACACAAUGAGGAAGCUGGAGAGCCUGGGGCCUGGGGGCGUGAUGGGCCGAGUGCUAGACAUCUGCACGGGGCUUGGCUACACAGCCAUUGCCGCCAGCAGGGAGGAGGGGGCGCCUGCAGUGCUGACCAUCGAGCUUGAUGAAGUGUCCCUCGACAUGUGCAGGUGUGAGAGGGACAGAGAUUCACAAGGGAAAGGUGCGGAUGGAAUGCAAUGCCUCUGUCGUGUGCUCAGGCGCAACCCCUGGUCCCGGGAGCUCCUGACGAGCGACAAAAUCACCAUGCUCAGAGGCGAUGCCAGCGAACUCAUCACCGAACUGCCCGACGGUACGACAAUUGGCAGUGCUCUCAUCUAUCAAUUGGUGCAUUUCUGUCCCUUCCAACAGAGUCGUUUUCGGUGGUGAUCCACGACCCACCUGCCCGCGCCCUCUGCAAGGAAGGCGAUCUGUUCGGCGAGGUCUUCUACAGCGAGCUUUAUCGCGUGCUGCGGCGGGGUGGGCGGCUGUUUCACUACCUGGGCAACCCUGACGGGAGGGAAGGGCCCUCCCUCUACAAGUGAGAAUGUCGAUCAUAUCAUCCUGUGUGUGCAUGGGUAUCGGUCUGUCACAAGUGCUGUUGCUGUGUUGUUGUCCUGUUGAUGUGUGUACAGGGGUGUGAUGGAGCGUCUGAGUCAGCAGGGGUUCUGGUCAAUCAGAAAAGUGCCGAGAGCGUUCGGCUUAGUGGCCAGGAAGUGACACGAUGUGGGCGGGUGGGUGGAUGACCAGAGGCUGUGUCGAUGGCGAGUGAAUG